AUGUGCCGUCACAUUAUUGCUAGAGUAAAGAUGAAAGCAUUUUUAGAAUUUGAUGUGAAGGAAGAAGAAGCGAAAGAGGAACGUGACGAGAGGAAAUCAUUUCAGUUGCAAAUAGAUUUCUUUAUGGAAAUUCGAACAAGCAGAAAAAGAAAGAAAUUGGCACGUAAGGAUCGUAAAGCAAGCAACAAUGACUGGUUUUGUACUUGCGUAUUUGUAGGAUUCUGGGAAGCUAACAUUCUUGUUAACAGCGUUGAAACGGGAAUUUCUCAUUUACUUCAACAAAGUUUUUAUCGUAAGAAUUUAAGAAAUUGUGUUGUGUUGAAGGAAACAAAACUUUUCACCAAGUUCAACAUAUAA